AUGGCGAGCCCGAUGAGGCACUACGCGGUGAUGCCAAUGGGAAAUCCGCCCAACAACCCAGAGGAGCGAGAUGGAAGCGUAGCAGAUGUCGACCAGAUCCCCUUCAGAGCCGCAGAGUUUCAGGAUCUUGGGAGCACCGGUGGCCUCCCACAACCCUACGCCCACCUCGCCACCUCCGCCGCUCUCCCCCUGCCGCCCUCGCCCUUUCGACGCCACUUUCAGGCGCUGCGCGUAGCAUCGCCAGCCCAGCGAUCGCUGCCAAAGGACACCAUCCACCACCCCACCCCACCGACGCGCGAUGAUGGCGACGACAGCGACCAGCCCACGGCGACCUCGUCUGCGUCUUUCGUUCAGUCGCCUUCUCUUUCCUUCCCCGCUUCCCCUCGAGCCCAGCACUCGCUCACCUGCAGCCAGGUGCUUGCGGCCACCCUCGCCUCGGCCCUGCCCCGCGUCGCGCUGUUCCGAUUCAACGACCCGCGCGCCGAUGGGCUUCUCGCGCUCAACGACGAGCUGCUCCCGACGGGCCAAGUCGCGGUGGGCAUGCCCGGUGCUGCCGGCGGCGACAUCAUCAUCGACGACGAGGUGUGGCCGUGGGCGCCCGGUGAGUACCUGGAAGAGGUAUUUGAGAGCGAAGGGAUCGAGGUCGGCGUGGUCGACCACCGCGGCAGGCGCGUGCGACGAACCAAGCUGCCGCUCGUCCUUCGCGAGGGCUGGCGGUUGCUCGUGGUCAGUCCGCUCACCGGCGCCGCCCUUGUCUACACUCUGAUGCGCGAUUCUCCCUACGGAAUUGGCCGGGAUCCGGCAGAGUUCUUUGGGGAGGAGAUCGUGGUGCGCAUCUUUUCGUUCCUCGAGGUGCGCACUCUCUGCGCUGUCGCCCUCGUGUCGCAAUCCUGGAAGCGCAUCUCCGAGGACAACAGCCUGUGGCGCGAAAAGUGCCUGAACGCCAAGCCCUUCCUGAGGGAUCAGCUGGUGCGAGUGUCUGAAGAAAAGAAGGCCUCCUGGCGCACCCUCUAUCGCUGCAUCGCCUACCCGCACCGCUGGUCGAGGGACCGAAAGCCAAGCGGGGUCAAGGUGACCAACGAAGGCCGUACGGCCAAGGUCAAGGGCCCCACCGCCACCAACGUCUCGGUGCAGACCUCCCGUCCCAUCAAGGCCGGGGCUGAGCCGUUCUGGUACUUUGAGGCGGCGGUCGACAAGAAGCCCCCGCCCUGGAACAUCGGCUUCGGCAUCGCUGACAGCGAGUGGAGUUUGGAGAUCAAGUUCGUCGGGUUCGAUAAGGAGAGCUUCAACUACGGGUACACGUCCAACGGGAAGAUGCGGGCUACGACGCAGUACGAGGACUUCACCACCUACGGCCAGGGCGACCGCGUGGGCUUCUGGUUGGAGUACUUCUACCCGGGGCUGGACCUCACCGUUCACGUCUUCCUCAAUGAUGUUCUGGUCCAUUCGUGGGAUCACGUGAGCGAGAAGCACAAGCCGCCGCUCUACUUCACGGCCACCCUCUACCACGACGGCACCCAGGUGUCCCUCGUCACCUGA